UCCGUCCCCCACGACGCGCGACGCAGCCACUUCACUUAACCUCUGCUCCGCGUACAUAACCACCACCCCGCUCGCCGCACGGCCGGCUCGCAACUCACAACGCAAGUUGCACGGCGGCUCGAAGUCGAUCGAUCCUCUGCACGGAGGCCAAGAAAAUCAAGAUCGAGCCGAGCGAUCUCGAACCCUCCCUCGACCGAUGCAUCCGCUCGUGGGGGCGCUGCUGGUGGGUGCCGGGGAGCGGUGGUGGUGGCCGUGCUGGGGCCCGGCGGCGCGCCACGCGGCGGCGUGGGCCGGCGCGCUGGCGCUGGCCGUGUCGGUGGCGUCGUUCGCGCCGGAGGCCGCGUUCGUGUGGGCGCUGGCCAGCGGCGGGUGCGCGGCUGGGUCGGUGCGCGUGCCGCUCGACGGCGGCGGGGACCACGUCUGCGUGCCGGCGAGGAUGGCAGAGCGGACCUGCGCCGACAUCAUUGUGCCGCCGGUGUUCGCGGCGCUCUCCGUCGGCGCCUCCGCGUGCUUCGUCCGGGCGAUCGCCGUCGGCCGCCGCCACGGCUACUAGUCGUCAAUGGAGUAGAGUCCCGUGUCCUUUCCCUCUGCCGCUUCUGAACACGUAUUAUGUCCCGGCUUCUUCGUUUUCUCCCAGUCAUAGAUGAUGUUCAUUGUUUUUGUACAUUGAUACUCGGUGGUUAAUCUGAAAUAUACUCACAAGAAACAUGUUCAGACA